AUGGAACAACCAAGAAGAAACGCUAGAGAUGAAAGAGAUAACACAGAAUUACAUAGAGCUGUUAAAACUAAUGAUGCUGAAUUAGCUCGGAGACUCAUUCUAUCUGGGGCCACAGUAGAUUCUCAGAACAAAGAUAAAGAGACGCCUUUGCAUCUUGCAACAAUUAAGGGAAAUACUCAUAUCAUGGAAAUGCUUAUUGAAGCUGGAGCCAACGUGCAUAAUGUCAAUGCCUUGGGCAGGACCGGUGCUCAUCAUGCAGCUUUUCGUGGGCAACUUGAUGUUGUCAAAGUUCUUUUAAAGGCAGGGUUUGAUGUAGACUUCAAAAACGGAAAAGGAGAUACUUUACUUCAUUUGGCAGCCGGUAAAGGCCACAAAGAAUUAGUGCAACUCUUGAUCAGGAAAGGUGCAAGAGUAGAUGCCAAAAAUAACAUAGGUAACACAGCUUUACAUUAUGUUGCUAAAUAUAACAGCGUUAAUGUAGUUCAGGAACUCAUUGAUUCUCGGGCUACAGUGGAUAUUCAGAACAAUCGUGGACAAACACCUUUGCAUCUUGCAACAAAUAAGGGAUAUAGCCAUAUAAUGGAAAUACUUAUCAAAGGUGGAGGUGAUAUAUAUAAUUUCCAAGAUCAGGGUACUUCGGGUGGUCAUCACGCAGCUUUUAAUGGUGAUCUGGAGUCUCUGGAGGUUCUUUUAAAGCCAGAGAAGGUCACAUCGAAAUAG